AGCAGAAGCGAGCGAGAGGGAGGGAGAGAGACUGAGUGCGAGCGACAGCUCCGGGCAGCCAGCCUGAGGAUGCACUGGCAAAAAUCACCAAAAGAGAGGUCCCAGUCCAACCUGCUCCCCACGGUGAGGGAACUCUUGGAAGCGAAGAGAAGAAACAGCAAUGGAGGGAACCCCAUGCAGGCACCGUCGAAAGCCUCGACUCAACAGCAAGACGGCUUCGGUUUCCCGAACCCGGGGGGGAGCCUCGGCCCCGUCUUCCCGGCGUACCCCUCCUGGCACGUCGACGUGGCCCAGUCCAUGCUCUCGCACGAAAACUCGGCGUGUGUGAUGCCGGAGGAGGUUCUGCCCAGAGAGGAGCCAAACUCGGUGGGGGUGUAUGAUCACUACGUGUUCGCUGCACCCAGCAGUGACACUAUUGCAGCGUACCCAGAUCAGCCGGCCCCCUACACGCCCCUGAUUCCGGGACCUAACCUGCUACCACUUGAGCCCCCGUGCCCGGUCUUACCGCAUUGGGCAGGAUCAGGGGCCUGCGCCCAGCAGGACGACCCACCUCCAGUCCCCUACCUCCCCCCCUCAGGACUGACGGCUGGGCAUUCCACCUUUCCUUCCCAGCCCCUGGGCGGACCCCAGCUGGAGGAAGCUCGCAGAACGGUCCAGCGGAUGCAGGUGUCUGAGCUGCUGCAGCCCGACCAUGACGGAGACACGGUCCUGCACAUCUACGCAGCCAAGGGGAUGCGGGAGUUCGCUUUUGCCACCGCCGAGAGGGUAUACGGGCUCAAGGGUCUGGAGGUGCGGGAGCAUAAGGGCAAGACACCGCUGCUGGUGGCUGUGACAGCGAACCAGCCCCAGAUUGUGUAUGACCUGAUCGAGCUGGGAGCUGAUGUCCGAGCUACAGACCUGAAAGGACAAACCAUCCUCCAUCUCGCUGCCACGGAGGGCUAUCCGCAGAUUCUGCAGGCUGUCCAGUGGACUCGGGUACAAGUUAAUGUUGAGGCCCGAAACUACGAAGGGUUUACGCCUCUGCACUGCGCUGUCAAAGCCCACAGCUGCAGCAGCAUUAGGAAGGAGUGGGAUAUCCGGAGGUUCGGAAGGGAGACAUGCAGGGGUCUCCAAAACCUUGCUCAGGACAUCCUGCAGUGUAUCAUUCACCUGCUGAGCAUGGGGGCAUCCAUCUUCUCCCAGGACGUGAAGAGCAGCAUGAGCAUCCUCCACCAGGCCGUGCAGGAUGGGAACGUCUCCCUGGUCCAGUUCAUCCUGCAGCUGCCCAACCCUCGGCUCCAGGAGUUCGUCAACCUGAAGGCCCACGGGAACACGGCACUGCACAUGGCUGCCGGACUGCACGGAGACAGGAACCAAGAGCAGAUAAUCCGGCUGCUGCUGGACUGUGGGGCUGACCCCGGCAUCCGGAACCUGGAGAAUGAGCAGGCGGGCCACCUCCUGCCCAACAGCCCUCAUGGCGAGCAGAUGAAGCAUUUGUUGAAGAGAGGCCGCCUUGCCUUGUCGACCAAUCACAGAGCCGCAUCCUCAUAGGACACAUCACAGACCUGGACUAUUUUCAGUCCCCAUGUAUCCCUCCACUGGAUGGAAUUUGUGUCACUCCCAUCGGGAGGAAACAUCCGUCUCCUUCCCUAUUUAGCCCUCAAACCCCUCCCUCUUCGCCCCUUUCUUCACCUACAAUGCUCUCUCUCUCCCCAUUACUCAGCCUCCCCCUCCAUUAGCCCUUACCUCUCUCUUUUCCACCCUCCACUCCACAACCUGUCCUCUGAUCCUCUCUCCUUGUGCUCCCCUCUCCCUCUAUCUCCCUUUCUUCCAUGUCCCCACUUCUAUCGCCCCUAUCCUUCCUUAUCACUUCCCUAUCACUCCUUACCCCUCUUUUAAUCCUCCCUCCUCCUUUCUCCACUUCCACCUCUUCUCUCUCUCCUCCUCUGUCUCGUCCCCCUUUCCCACCUUCCCUCCCUCAUCACUAAACUGAAAUUAUUUAUUCUGUUCCCAUUUCCUGCUGGAGGAAGGUGCAGAGAGACGACCCAUGGCUGACCUCACCCCCUUGUGAGGGCAGAGUGCGUGACCAAAGGGUGGUGGGGGUGUUGGUCUCAUCUGCCUCCAAACACCCCCACCCCACACAGGGAGCUACGUGUACCAGCACCAGUGAUACCUGGUCCGCCUGCUCCUCCCGCAGCCAGAUCUUCACGCACUCCACCCCCCCACCCCCCACGGAAUCUCUGCACCUUCUUCCAGCUGUUUACUAUAUCAGCUUUGGAAGCUGCCUUGUUUAAUCCACCUCCCUAGAUCCCUCUCACUUCCCAACUCCUUCUCACGGUCUUCUGCGUGAAAUUGGCUUGGAGCUCCAAGCGAAAAACGUGGACUGUUGGGACAGUGAGAUUCAAUUGGGGAAGGGGUGGGGGGUGGGUUGGGUAAUGGAGAAGGUGGGGAGAUGAAUUGCAUCCUAGUCCUCCUGCUCACCCUGAGCCAGGGCUAGGUUCUGAGAUUCCCCUCUCUAUCCUCUCCGCAAUUAUUUGAUUUCUGUGAAAUCUGAAUCCUCCCAGUGGGGAGAACCCAUCUUACAGACCCACUGCAGGGCUGCUCUGCAUUUAGCAGUGAUCCCCGUUGGGGUGGGUAUCGCCAGGCCUGGUGUAGUAUAUUAUUGCACUGGGCUGUGUGUGAGUGUGAGAGUGAGAGAAUGUAAACUCCAUGGCUCCUUUAUUAGUUACACCUUCAUACCUGCUCGCUAAUGCAAAUAUCUGAUCAGCCAAUCGUGUGGCAGCAACUCAAUGCGUUAAAGCAUGCUGGCAUGGUCAGGAGGUUCAAUUGUUCAGACCAAACAUCAGAAUGGGCAAGAAAUGCGAUCUGAGUGACUGACCAUUUGCUGGUGCCAGACAGGGUGGUUUGAGUAACUCAGAAGCUGCUGACCUCCCGGGAUUUCCCUGCACUACAGUCUGUAGAGUCAGAGAGAGUGGUGUGAGAAGUAGGGAAAAAACAUACAGUGGGCAGGAGUUCUGAGUGAAAACACCUUGUUAACGGGAGAGGUCGGAGGAGAAUGGCCGGACUGGUUCACGCUAACAGGAAGGUGACAGUAACUAAAACAGCCACGCGUUACAACAGUGGUGUGCAGAAGAGCAUCUCUGAACGCACACAACUCGAACCUUGAAGUGGAUGGGGCGACAGCAGCAGAAGACCACAUCCAGAUCCACUCCCGUAAUUAAUAAAGUGGCCACUGAGAGUGAGCGUGAGAGAGAGAGAGAGAGAGAAUGUGGGUCUUUGCGCGGGUGUCUGUGUACACCAGCGUGUGUGCUUGUGCAAGAGAGAAAAGCUGUGUGUUUGGAGGAAGAGAAAAGAGGCGUACGUUUGUGAGGGGGAUUUUGUGUGUGUGCACACUCACCCCUGUAAGGCAGUGCCAUGCAUCUGUGACUGAGGGCUGUACGUGUGGAAGGUGUUGGAAGAGGAGGCAAGGAGUGCUUGCAGUUCUGUGAGUCGGUACGUUGUGUUUCGGUACAUGGGCAUCUGAGAGAGCAUGGUGAGGCGUGCACGUGUGUGUGUGUGUGUGUGUGUGUGUGUGAGAGACAUCUGAGUGAUGUGUCCAUGUUUGAGGGCAUGUGUCUGCACUGUGUGCAGAACAUAGGUUACACAUGGGCAAUUACUGAGCGCACCUGGGGUGGGGAAGAGUGAGUUUUCCCACCUCUAUGGCACCAAGGUUGGUCUCCGCGGCCAAUGCACGACCCUCCUGAUUUGCCCAGCAAUGUUUGUGGAGUGGGUGGGGAAGGGUUGGGUGAGGGUGCUCGCUCCAGAUCAUCACCCCCCUCCUUGCACCGUUAUGGCUGAAUUAUGCAUCUCACUUGCAAGCUCCCUGCGUCUGAGUAAAAUUCCUCAAAAUCCCCCCCCCCACGCAGUUCCCACAUCUGGGGAGGGGGUUCCAAACAAACAAGCUGCCCUGAGCCGAGGGGCCUUUGGGAGAGGGUGGAGGGGAGCUUGCACACGGGACAGGGAACAAUGUAGUUUCGUUGGCCUCUUGCACUUGUGUGUGACCUCUAUGAGGUCAUCUCCACCUGCGUUUCUUGCUUUAAUGUCUGUAAAGCGGUAUAUAAUCAUUUAAAUAAA